AUGACUUCCCUUUAAGUGAAGAUGCCACAUAUUUGGCCAGCACUGGUUCAGAAGGGUUUGAUAGACUAGAAUUAAAAGGGACACUCAUGAAUGAUGCUUUAUCUUUUUACGCUUCGAAGCAUAAGGAUGGUUCUUGGAAAACUCGAAAAACGAAUGAUUAUAUAGUCGAAGCAUUUUCAACAACGCCUGGGGGAUGGUCAAAAUUUGUACAUAGUACAUUCCGAAAUUUACACAAUGAUAUUUCUACAACUUUACCUAUUGGUGAAAUCUUUUCUUAUAACGCACAGCGAACUGUUUGGGUAGCAAAAGAUGGCCAACAACUUGUAAAUCUUCCAUCAAGAAAUGCAUCUUUAGAUUAUUGGAAUCUGAAUAACCCAACCUAUAAGCCAUUUUAA